ACAGACCCACCCACAGCUCCCCAUUCAUUUAAACGGUCCAAACUGAAACUUCACUCUUCUUUCUACUGCUACUGUGUUUCUUUUACUCUCCGAACGCACUGAACUGAUGCCAUCAUCCAAUUCCAAUCCCAUGAAUAUGAUCAGCAGCAGCUUCAGAUCAGCUUCAACCUUCAACCUUGAGCCUCUCUCCCACCACUACUACCAGUUCUCCCUCAACCCCCGUCCCAUUCCCAGAAGAAGAUCAUCUUCAAGCUCACUCGCCCUCACCUACCCACAUUACACCGUCGUCUCUACUACUCCCUCCAUUUGCAGACCUGCAGGGUCCGCUGCUCCUAACAGCAGCAGCAAUGCAAACGGCAGCAGCACAGUCAGGAGGCCAGCAGAAGGCGGGUUUGCUGGGGAGAGCCAGUUGCAGUUGCAGCAGCCCCCCGAAUUAGGAAGGAAGGUGCACUGUGAAGUGGAAGUCAUUUCGUGGAGGGAAAGGAAGAUCAAAGCCGAAAUCCUUGUGAACGCCGAUGUAGAAUCCGUCUGGAAUGCUCUCACCGACUACGAGCACCUCGCCGACUUCAUCCCCAAUCUCGUCUGCAGUGGGAGGAUUCCCUGCCCUCAUCCCGGGCGGAUAUGGCUCGAGCAGAGAGGCCAGCAGCAAGCUCUGUAUUGGCACAUCGAAGCUCGCGUCGUCCUUGAUCUCCAGGAAAUUCCCAAGUCAGCUAAUGAGCGUGAUCUCCACUUUUCCAUGGUUGACGGCGACUUCAAGAAGUUCGAAGGAAAAUGGUCCUUAAAAAUGGGGACAAGGUCUUCAACAACGUGGUUAUCUUAUGAGGUGAGUGUGAUUCCACGGUUUAACUUCCCAGCCAUCUUUCUUGAGAGAAUUAUCAGAUCGGAUCUCCCUGUCAACCUUCAAGCCCUGGCAUUUCGAGCCGAGAGGAACUUUGAAGGGACCCAGAAACUCAAAAUGAUGGUGAACUCCCAGAGUAAAAAAUCGAUCACUGGGGUCACCUCAAUCGCCAUAGACAAUAUUAAAGAUGGUGUUUUGAGCUCUAGUAGUGCCAGUGCCACCAGCCCUUUGUCUCCGCCACUAGCUGAAGUGAACAAUAACUGGGGCGUGUUUGGGAAGGUCUGCCGGCUCAAUAAGCCUUGCAUAGUGGAUGAGGUUCAUCUCCGUAGGCUGGAUGGCUUGUUGGAAAAUGGAGGGGUUCAUCGCUGCGUGAUUGCUAGCAUAACCGUGAAAGCCCCAGUUCGCGAAGUUUGGAGCGUUUUGACUGCCUAUGAAAGUCUCCCCGAGAUAGUUCCCAAUUUGGCCAUCAGCAAGAUCCUAUCGAGGGAAAACAACAGAGUCCGCAUUCUUCAGGAAGGAUGUAAAGGUCUGCUCUACAUGGUACUUCAUGCCCGCGUGGUUCUGGACUUGUGUGAGCAGCUUGAACAAGAGAUCAGCUUUGAGCAGGUCGAGGGUGACUUCGACUCAUUCCAAGGGAAAUGGAUUCUAGAGCAACUAGGAAGUCACCACACUCUGUUGAAGUACACUGUCGAGUCUAAAAUGCACAAGGAUUCUUUUCUAUCCGAAGCUAUAAUGGAAGAGGUUAUAUACGAGGAUCUCCCUUCCAACCUAUGUGCCAUUCGGGAUUACAUCGAGAAAAGAGGUGCAUCAGACUCGGACAUGAGUGAAGAGGAUCGAUAUGAUCCGGGCGGAGAAAUAUCUCCAUCUGCCAUUGCUGGAGAUACAACUUCGAGUACAGCCACCCAGCAGACUUCUGACUUGAAUAGUCAUAGUCACAGCUUGGUGAGUCAAAGGCCAAGGGUCCCUGGACUGCAGAGAGAUAUGGAUGUCCUCAAGGCCGAGCUCUUGAAGUUCAUAUCAGAACACGGGCAGGAAGGAUUCAUGCCCAUGAGGAAGCAACUCCGUCUACACGGAAGGGUCGACAUUGAGAAGGCCAUCACCAGAAUGGGUGGGUUUCGGAGAAUUGCAUCAAUGUUCAAUCUCUCCCUUGCUUACAAGCAUCGCAAACCCAAGGGUUACUGGGACAACCUCGAAAAUCUCGAGGAAGAGAUACAUAGGUUCCAGAGAAGCUGGGGCAUGGACCCCUCUUAUAUGCCGAGCAGAAAAUCUUUCGAGCGUGCAGGAAGAUACGACAUUGCGCGGGCCCUGGAGAAAUGGGGAGGGCUCCACGAGGUAUCACGACUAUUAUCCCUUAAAGUAAGGCACCCGAACAGACAGUCCGGGAUGGCACGGGACAGGAGGAUAGAGUCUGUGGCGCCGAAAGACGCAGAGAAUGAGGAUAAGUCGCCCUCUAGGCCGUAUAUUUCCCAGGACACACAGAAGUGGCUCUCCCAACUCAAACACUUGGACAUUAAUUGGGUUGAAUAAGCAAGCAAAAAAAAAAAAAAUCGAUUGUCGAUACCUUCAUAGACAUGACAGUUUGAUUCUUCUUAAAUCCUUUUUCUUAAUAAAAUAUAUAUAGCAUUUAUUUGUUCCUACUCAA